UACAGUCCUCCUCUCUCGGUUCGUUGUGGCGGCAUGUUUUGGAGCUUGGCUUUGUGACCUCCGUCCAUUGUUCAUGAUAGAUUCCAGAGGUGGCCUUGCACCAGAGGUGGCCUUGUACCUCCUCCUCCUCCGCUUCCUCCUCCUCAUUCCCCUCCUUCCCCUACACGAGCCCCGGGUUCAGCACCGCGGACAGCUCCGAUCUUCCACACGCAAGCCGCCGCCCGCAGUCGGGCGCUCAGAAGCAGACAGGACAGCGAGGAGCUCGACGGCGCUCUGAACACAUGACCGACUGCUGUUUGGGAUAUUUUGCUAUUUUCUUGUCUCACCGACGGACGUGACACCGUUCAAGACUGUUGCUGAAGUCAGGGGCUGCAACAAUGAUCUCCCGAUACAAACCGAGUCCCGGAUCCACCAUGUCCUUGGCUUUCUGUGGAAGCGAGAAUAACUCAUCGGCGUACAAUGUGGACAGGGGCGUUCUCAACAACGGCUGCUUCCUGGACGCGCUCAACGUGGUCCCACAUGUUUUUCUCCUCUUCAUCACCUUUCCCAUCCUCUUCAUUGGUUGGGGCAGCCAGAGUUCGAAGGUGCACAUCCAUCACAGCACUUGGCUUCAUUUUCCUGGACACAACCUGCGCUGGCUCCUCACCUUCGUCCUGCUCUUCAUCCUCGUCUGUGAGAUUGCAGAGGGCAUCGUCUCGGACGGAUUCAGCCAAUCUCCUCAUCUUCACCUGUAUAUGCCUGCUGCUCUGGCCUUCAUGGCUGGCGUCACAUCGAUUGUCUACUAUCACAACAUCGAGACCUCCAACUUCCCGAAACUACUGUUAGCCCUGCUGAUCUACUGGGUACUGGCUUUUAUCAUGAAGACCAUCAAGUUUGCAAAGUACACCGAGCACGGCAUUGGCCCCGGGCAGCUUCGCUACUGCAUCACUGGACUCCUGGUGCUCCUCUAUGGACUUCUACUGGCUGUGGAGAUCAACGUCAUCUUGGGGAGGCGCUACAUGUGUUUCGACGAUCCGACAGAAGUGAAGCCCCCUGAAGACCUCCAGGAUCUUGGUGUUCGUUUCCUGCAGCCCUUCGUCAACUUGCUGUCUAAAUCCACCUACUGGUGGAUGAACACCUUCAUCACCUCUGCUCACAGACGGCCCAUCGACCUGAAGGUCAUUGGCAAACUCCCCAUCGCCAUGCGGGCGCUCACAAACUACAUAAAGCUUCGACAGGAGUUUGAAGAGCAGAAGAAGCCUCAGGGCGUUGCACCUCAAGGUCCGAAGUGGAUCUGGCUGGCUUUGAGGAAAGCCUUCGGCAGGCCUCUCAUCCUCAGCAUCACGUUCCGCAUCAUGGCAGACCUGCUGGGCUUUGCCGGUCCGCUCUGUAUCUCUGGCAUCGUUCAUCACAUCAGCAAAGACAAUCGUACCAUCCAGCAACCGAUGAAGCUCCUCGGCAUCUAUUUCAUUUCCUCCAAAGAAUUCCUGGAGAAUGCAUACGUGUUGGCAGUGCUGCUCUUCAUCGCCCUGCUCCUCCAGAGGACCUUCCUCCAGGUCUCCUACUAUGUGGCCAUCGAAACUGGAAUCAACCUGCGAGGAGCCAUACAGACAAAAAUCUACAACAAAAUCAUGCGGCUGUGCACAUCCAACAUGUCCAUGGGAGAGCUGACUGUCGCUCAGAUUUGUAACCUGGUUGCCAUAGAUACCAACCAGCUCAUGUGGUUCUUCUUCCUCUGUCCUAACCUGUGGGCCAUGCCAGUACAGAUAAUUCUGGGGGUGAUCCUGCUCUACUACCUCUUGGGAAUCAGUGCCUUGAUUGGAGCCACAGUCAUCGCAGUGUUGGCUCCUGUUCAAUACUUUGUGGCCACAAAGCUGUCGCAAACACAAAAGAGUACCCUGGAAUACUCCAGCGAGCGUCUAAAAAAGACAAACGAGUUGCUGCGUGGCAUCAAGCUGCUGAAGCUGUACGCCUGGGAGCACAUCUUCCGUGAAAGCGUGGAGGAGACGAGGGGCAAGGAGCUCACCAGCCUGCAGGCCUUCGCCCUGUACACAUCAAUAUCCAUUUUCAUGAAUGCAGCUAUCCCGAUUGCUGCUGUGCUGACGACAUUUGUGGUUCACGUCCACAUUUCCGAGGACGCCGACCUGUCCCCGGCCGUGGCCUUCGCCUCCCUGUCUCUCUUCCACAUCCUGGUAACCCCGCUCUUCCUCCUCUCCAGUGUGGUGCGCUCCACCGUAAAGGCCCUCGUCAGUGUUCAGAAGCUCAGUGAGUUUUUCUCAAGCGACGAGAUCGGAGACGAACAGGAGCCCAAGGCGACCGUGUCCGCUGAGUGCAGCAACCACAACCAAAACAGAUACCAGGCAGUGUCAUCCUCUAAGCCUUUCCCUUCGUCGUCCUCCUCCUUUUUGUCCCGAUGCCUCCAGCCACUGAAGGUAGUGAACCGGAAGCGCCCUCCAAGGGACGAGUGGAACAACUACAGCUCACAGGGGGACCAGGAAAACAACGGGGGAUCCCAGGAGGUGGACCAAGACAUCUGCAUCAAGAUAACUAGUGGUUAUUUCACCUGGACAGAUGGACCUCCAACACUGUCCAAUGUGGACAUCAAGGUUCCCUUUGGGAAGCUGACGAUGAUUGUGGGUCAGGUAGGCUGUGGGAAGUCGUCUCUGCUGCUGGCAGCACUGGGAGAAAUGCAGAGAGUUUCUGGAACAGUCAUCUGGAACAGUAUGCCCGUCCUUGAAUCUGAAAGAGAUGAAAGUCCCACAGAAAAAGAUGCAGCAGUGGACGAGGACAUCAGGAAGAGAGGCCCUGUGGCCUACGCUUCCCAGAAGCCCUGGCUACUGAACACGUCAGUGAUGGAGAACAUUACCUUUGAGAUGCCGAUGAUAAAAGCAAGAUACAAAGCUGUCAUCGAGGCCUGCUCCCUUCAGCCAGACAUCGACAUCCUUCCACAGGGGGACCAGACAGAGAUCGGUGAGCGGGGCAUCAUCUUAUCUGGAGGACAGAAGCAGCGCAUCAGCGUGGCCAGAGCCCUAUACCAGCAGACCCACGUGGUCUUUCUGGAUGACCCAUUUUCUGCUUUAGACAUCCACCUGAGUGACCAUCUGAUGCAGGCUGGCAUCCUGAAGCUGCUGAGGGAGGAGAAGAGGACAGUGGUUCUGGUCACACACAAACUUCAGUACCUGCCACAUGCUGACUGGAUUAUUGCCAUGAAGGAUGGGACGAUCCAGACUGAAGGGACUCUGAAGGACAUCCAGCACACCGAACCAGAACUCUUCAAACAGUGGAAGACCCUGAUGCACAGGCAGGACCGGGAGUUUGAGACGGAGACUGUUGCACAGAGUAUGACCAAUAUGGAAAGGAAAGACCUACGGAGGGCCAUGUACUCCAGAGAUGCUCUGAGGACGGAGGAGGACGAGGAAGGUGGCACCCCGGGAUGGACUUUUGUGAUGUCUCCGGCAGCGGCGGCAGGUGCCGUCCUUGUGUACGAGCAAGCAGAGGAAUCCUUGGACAGCGAAGAUGACGACAACCUGUCACAGGUGAUGCGUCAGCGAGCCACCAUCCCCUGGCGCUCCUGCGGUACCUACCUGUCCUCCGCAGGCCUCCUCCUCCUCACUCUGCUCCUCCUCUCACAGCUCCUCAAACACACCCUCAUGGUUGCCAUUGACUACUGGCUGGCUCACUGGACGUCGCACGUCAUCAUGGCCAAGAUAGACGCCACGGCUCACAACUGCACCCUCGUUAAGGACUGCGGCUUCAGCCACUCGUGGUAUCUGUCCGUGUUCAGCGUGCUGUGCUGUCUUGGCAUCGUCCUCUGUCUCGCCACCUCUGUGACCGUGGAAUGGACGGGCCUCAAAGUGGCCAAGGGGCUCCACCACAACCUUCUCAACAAGAUCAUUCUGGCCCCCAUGAGGCUGUUUGAGACGACUCCGCUCGGCAGCAUUCUCAACAGGUUUUCCACGGACACAAACACCAUCGACCAGCACAUCCCCACCACCCUGGAGUGCCUCUCCCGCUCCACCCUGCUGUGUCUGUCCGCCCUGGGCGUCAUCUCUUAUGUGACGCCCGUUUUCCUCAUCGCCCUGCUGCCGCUGGCUGUUGCCUGCUACUUCAUCCAGAAAUACUUCCGAGUGGCUUCAAGGGACCUGCAGCAGCUGGAGGACGCAACCCAACUCCCUUUACUCUCCCACUUCUCCGAGACAGUGGAGGGCCUCACCACCAUAAGGGCCCUCAGGUAUGAGCCCAGGUUCAGACAGAGGCUGCUGCAGUUCACCGACGCCAACAACAUCGCCUCGCUCUUCCUCACAGCUGCCAACCGUUGGCUGGAGGUCCGCAUGGAAUACGUUGGAGCCUGUGUGGUGCUGGUGGCGGCUGUGUCCUCCAUCACUAACUCUCUGUACAACCAGCUGUCGCCCGGCCUGGUGGGACUCGGACUCACGUACGCGCUCAUGGUGUCCAACUACAUGAACUGGAUGGUGAGGAACUUGGCAGACAUGGAGGUGCAGCUUGGCUCGGUCAAGAGGAUUAAUGGCCUGCUCAAAACCGAGCCGGAGAAUUACGAGGGACUCCUCACUGUGUCUCAGGUGCCCGACGGUUGGCCCCGACAAGGAGAGAUAAAGAUCCAGAACCUGAGCGUCCGUUACGACACCACCCUAAAACCUGUGCUCAAAAAUGUCAACGCCCAUGUGCAUCCUGGUCAGAAGGUGGGGAUCUGCGGGAGGACGGGCAGCGGCAAAUCUUCUUUCUCCUUGGCCUUCUUCCGCAUGGUGGAUAUGUUCGAGGGGAGGAUUGUGAUUGACAACAUUGACAUCUCCAAGCUGCCUCUGCAGACCCUCAGGUCUCGGCUGUCCAUCAUCCUUCAAGACCCCUUCCUGUUCAGCGGCACCAUCCGGUUCAACCUGGACCCGGAGAUGAAGGCAACAGACGAGAUGCUGUGGGAAGCUCUGGAGAUCGCCCAGCUGAAGCCUGUCGUUAAAACCUUGCCAGGAGGUCUGGACGCCAUGGUGACGGAGGGUGGAGAGAACUUCAGUCAGGGUCAGAGACAGCUCUUCUGUCUGGCCAGAGCCUUCGUGAGGAAGAGCAGCAUCCUCAUCAUGGACGAAGCCACGGCCUCCAUAGACAUGGCGACGGAGAGCAUCCUGCAGAAAGUGGUGAUGACUUCUUUUGCUGACCGGACAGUAGUGACUAUAGCACACCGGGUCCACACCAUCCUGAACGCGGACCUGGUCAUCGUGAUGAAGCGAGGGAUCAUCCUGGAGUACGACCGACCCCAGGCCCUGCUGGACAGAGAGGACAGCGUCUUCGCCUCCUUCGUGCGAGCGGACAAGUAGAGGAAGGGACGCGAGGAGAGGAAAGCUUUGGAAGCGUCAAAGGAAGACAUUCAAAGUGCAAUUGUCCCAUGGAAUAUAUAUAUUCCUUUUAUUUUUUAAUCAUGCUGUAUUAUAUUUGUACAUAAAAUUUAUUGAUUCUUUGUUAAUAAAACAUAAAUUAUCACCACAA